ACCCCUCCUAUCCAUACAGACUCAACGACUGAAGCAGGCUCGACAUGGAUCCAUGUUAUGCAAGACUGCGGGCGAGGGGUGAAUCAGGAUGCUCCCAAUUUGAUCAAAAAUUCAAUGAAUUCAGUGGAGUGUGAUGAGCGCUCAUUGCUGGUCUCGACCAAGUUGGUUUCGACGAAAAAUCACCGAGUUUUGGAACUAGAGAGGAUGAUCUCUUUAUCAUGUUUCCCCGCUCACCCGGUCAGUCCUCGGCCUGGGCAUCCAAAUUCGCGGAGACAGCAUCCGUCUCGUCAAUCGAGGAUUAUGAUCUUCGUCCAUGAUCCUGGCAUCCCAAACGUGCUACCACUAUCAUUUGCCUCCCCGCGAGAGUUGAAAUCAGAAAGGGGGAGUGGAGAUGCAUUGCUGAGUGACUGCACAAAAAGGAAUCAGUUCAACUGGAGCAGCGUUCUAUGUGAAACUAGGAUUAUGAGAGAAAUCCCCUUUCGCUUCGUACGGGCUUGGAAUACAGAAUAGUGUGUUUACUGCUGAAGUUGGUUCAACAUGGUUGCUAGCUGUUGGCCAACAUGCGCACAGGGGCACUCGUGUUCCCAUCUCGUUCUUCGGGAUUCGAGUUGUGCGCUUCUUCUCUUAUAUGACUUUUGACACUGCGAUCCACGUUCA